AUGCCAUGCCUUCCCAAGGUACAGUACAGGUUGCAGCAGCCUCCCUUAACUGCAAACAAUAGGCAUCCCUGCAGCAUCUCGGUCUUGUUUCUUGCCUUGGCCCAUCAUGUUGCUGUUCUGGACCGCUCGAUGGCACAUUGCUCCAAAACUGCAACAUGUCAUUGGCAGUCAUUCUCUCCCAUGAAUUUCUCACUCGUGGAAUUGUUGAAAUUCUGUUUCUUUCAUGUGGGAGCACCACCAUGUUUACUUUUGUCUAUUUUGGACACCCAAGAAGCUUGUUCUACGACAGUAGGUUUCAUCAGGAUACUGGAACAAAGCUAUGUUUCUUUGAAAAUGCAGAAUUGA